AUGAAAGCUGUAAAGGGCCUCCUGCCAUCGCUGCCCUCUUCCAAACAACGUGUAGGGUACAGGCCUGUUGGUGAUGCUGAGAAUCAUCUUUCCAACCCCAAAGAAAUCCAAGGCUUUCAAUUACAAGCUCUUCCAACCAAAGGAAAAGAUGAUGCCACGGUCGAGGCACAGGUCUCCACUGGACGACGCAUCCUCGACCUAUCGAUCCCGACACUGGGAGCUUUGCUCAUUGACCCACUUUUGACCUUGGCUGAUACUGCCUUCGUCGGAAGAUUUAGCGAAAGUCCAAACGAGUUGGCCGGAAUGGGAUCGGCGGCUGCUCUUUUGACCUUCAGUUUCUAUCUAUUCAAUUUCUUGUGUACUGCCACGACGCCUCUGAUAUCUUCGAAACGAGCAUCUGGCAAAGAAGCGGAAGCAUUGGCGGUGGGUGGACAAGCUCUGUCACUUGCAUUUGCGCUUGGUUCCAUGCUGUUUGUCGUGCUUCUCGCUGCGAGACAGCCUCUCCUGGAUGUCAUGGGAACUGGUGUAUCAGGCCCUGAAGCCAACGCGUACGCACUGGACUUUUUGUCGGUUCGAGCAUUUGCGGCACCAGCUGUAUUUUGCAUCUCCGCAUCCACGGGGAUUCUGAGAGGAUACUUGGACACCAAAACUCCUAUUGCCAUCCUUGCGCUUGCCAAUGUUGUCAAUCUGUUGUUGGAUAUUGCAUUGAUUGGCUACGCUCGAAUGGGACCUCAAGGUGCGGCCAUUGCCACCACCACAGCAGAAUGGAUCAGUGCUCUUCUUUUCCUCGCGGUUCUUUCUGGCAAGUUACCAUCGGUAGAUGGUCAACUUGGGAAGAAAGAAGACGAGAGCACUCUGAUUGUGAUUCCCACUUUGUCAAUUCCACCGUGGGAAGAAAUGAAACCGCUGGUCGUGGCAUCCUCGUCGCUGUUUUUGCGAACCUUUGUCCUUCAGUUUUCUAUUUCCGCCGCCGCUGCGUUUGCAGCAAGAGGUGGCGAGACCCUUCCUGGUGGAGCAGCAUCUAGUAUUAGUGCACAUCAGAUUGGUUUGCAACUAUGGUUACUAUGCUCGUUUAUUGCCGAUGCUUUGGCAGCCGCUUCCCAAGCCCUGGUAGCCGAUGCCAUUGGACGGAAUGACAGCAACGAUGUUCGCGACGUAUCCAAAACAGUCUUUGUGUACAGUGCUAUUCUGGGUGUGAUUCUGGCAACCACACUUCAGAUUGGAUACUCUACCGACUUUUUGUUGGGUCUAUUCACUUCGGAUGCCGGGACGCAGGUCGCACUUUCAGAGAUUUUGGCACUGAUUAUUCUGGCCCAACCUCUCAAUAGUUUGGUAUUCGCAGCUGAUGGUGUAUUGCAAGGAGCCGAAGAAUUUGAGUUUCAAGCCAAAAGCAUGGCUCUGAGCGGCGCGGUUACCGCUAUUUUCUUUUACUCCGCGCAAACAUUUGGCGCAACUGACACACUCGUCAACGUUUGGAAAGCAUUGAUUGUUCUCCAACUCAUGCGUGGUAUCACAUCCGCGGUCAAGAUACUGGACAAGAAUGGGCCCAUCAAACUUUUUCCAGCGUCUGAUCCUUGA